AUUCUCUCUCUUCUGGCUGUUAUUUGUGAAGAAAUUGUGGAGGAUUGUAUCAAAUGUGGUGGACUUUACUUUUUUGAAUUCACAAGCUGCACUGCCUUUCUUUUGAGCCUCCUGAUCCUGUGUGUGUAUUGCACUCAUGUAUAUGAAACAUUUGGGGAAGAUAAAGUACAGAGAGUGAAUUUUUGGACCAUGCCAGCCAUAGGUGUCUCUUUUCUGAUAGCGUCAAUAGUGCUUGCUGCAACCAGCUCUGGGUCUGCUGUUGAAAGCGCUGCAUGUACAUUCGGAUUUCUUGCAAGUGGUGCAUUUUUAGCUGAAAUUAUUACAGAGUAUUUUCACAGUCGGAAACAAAACGUCGAUGAACGCUCUGAAAAUCCUGGCAACGCUCAGGGUGCCACAGAAAAUCAGCCACUGAAUAAACAAAGCUAA